CUUAAGCGUGUCACGUUGACGAAGACUUGUGGAAAAAAAUGUCGCAAGAAAUUACCUAGUUGUUUCUCUUUCUUUUCUUUUGUUUGUUAAUACUUAAUAAUGAAGAUAUUAUGUGUAGACUUUGGUAAAAUGGAGGCAAAGAGGGACAAACGGGUCUUCAUAUAAUCAUAGCCCCUCUUAAAGAAUCGGGUAAAGAUCGAGCAAAUUAGGUUGGAGCAGAGCAGAAGAAGAGUUCACUCGAGACCAUUGCAGAGCAUAAGAUGUCCAACAGGGCCGUCAGAGAUGGAGGCCGUGAGGAGCUUCGGCUGACGCAAAGUCGUUCUUUGGGAGCGAUCACCGCAGGUCUUGAGCAGCUUCGGAUGGCGGAACAUCGUUUAUCGAAUGCGAUCACUUCAGGUCGUGAAGAGCUUUGGACAAGGGAACGUCGUUCUUCGGAGUCCAUCACUGCAACUCGUCAAGAGUUUCGGACGACAGAAUAUCGUUCCUCGCGUGUGAUUACUACAACAGGUCGUGAAAAGUUUCAGACGACGGAGCGUCGUUCCUCAGGAACAAUCACUGCAGGUCGCCAAGAGGUUCGGACGGCGGAGCGUCGUUCUUCGGGAACAAUCACUGCAGGGCGUCAAGAUGUCCGGACGAUGGAGCGUCGUUCCUCGGGAACACUCACUUCAGGUCGUCAAGAGGUUCGGACGAUGGAGCGUCGUUCCUCGGGAACAAUCACUUCAGGUCGUCAAGAAGUUAGGACGGCGGAGCAUCGUUCCUCGGGAACACUCACUGCCGGUCGUCAAGAUGUUCGGACGGCAGAGCGUCUUUCUUCGGGAACGAUCACUGCAGGUCGGCAAGAGGUUCGGACGACGGAGCGUCGCUCCCAAGGAACGUUCAAUCCAAGUCGUCAUGAGGUCCGGACAGUGGAGCGUCUUUCCUCGGGAACACUCACUGCCGGUCGUCAAGAGGUCCGGACAAUAGAGCGUCGUUCAUCGGGAACGAUCAAUCGGCCAGGUCGGCAAGAGGUUCGUAGGGUGGAGCGUCGUUCCACUGCAAAUGGUGAAUAAGUUCGGACAGCAAAAGAUUGUUCAUUUGAACCGAUUAAGAGCUCAAGAUGAUAGAAUAUCCUUCCUCGGAAGCGAUCAUUACAUGUCCUUCCCAAAGGGAAAUUGUUAAUAAAUGCAGCGAUACAAUUGUGCAAGUCUUAUUUUUUCACGUUUGGUUUGAACUUAUUCGCUUGAGUUGAUCUCUAAGUAGAGUCCCACUAUGAUUUUGAUUUGGUUGUUUAGUGAUUCCUUUUUUUCUGAGAGUAACAAGAGUAGUUAGCUUGUGCUUUUGAUGAAAACAACAAAAAAAACAAUAGGAAACUAUUGUAUAUUGCCG